AUGGCUUCCCCAUACAGCCAGGAGCUCAAACCCGCUGAGCCUUCACCUGCCCAUCCUGUCCAGUCCGAGGUCGCGGAACAGGUAGACGACUGCGAGUCCGAGGAUGAAAGCGAUGAUUCCAUCCGCGAGACUAGCCGCGAUCUCGAAUCAGGGGGUACCACAGCCGCCAACACCCCUUACGCAACUGCAUCCCACGCCUCCAGCUCGAGCGGCUUCUCUGAUCCCAAGAAACAUAACGAAAAGACCAUUGUCCGAGUCCGCCAGCUCGUCCCUGACAUUGAUCCUCUCGAGUACCACUGUCUAGAUUCUUCUCCAUUGCCUCCGAAGAAGGGCAACCGCCUCUACCGCUACCUCCGAUGGAACUUUGGGUCAGUCUACCGACGCAUUUUCUGCCUGGCCUUCAUGGGUAACGCCGCGGCUGUGCUGUGGUUCAUCAUCCGCUCUGGUAUCGAAAACCGCCCUAUUCUCACCUACCAACAAGCUGCCACUGCCGUCACUGCCAACAUCUUGAUGGCCAUUGUUGUCCGCAACGAGCAUAUUGUCAACGCUUUCUUCUGGAUCUUUGGUACCUGGGCCAAGGUUCUCCCCCUCUGGGCCCGGACACUCUCGGCUAAGAUCUACUCCUAUGGUGGUCUCCACUCGGGUGGUGCCGUGGCUGCCACCUUCUGGUAUGCCAUCUACCUCGUUCUUCUCACCAUGGACUACCGCUCCCAGGAAGGCCCCCUUGAUGCUAUCAGGGGCUACAUCUACCUCUUCAGCUACGCCAUCAUCGCCAUGCUCGUGGUAAUGCUCAUCUUCGCUUACCCUCGCGUUCGAGUCCUGAUGCACAACUCCUUCGAGAACACGCACCGCUUUAUGGGAUGGACUGUCGUUGGUCUCUUCUGGGCCCAGAUCAUGUUGCAGACCGCUGAUGCCUCCAACAACUCGCCCCACUCCUUCGGCCACGUUCUCGUCCGUAACGCCGCCUGGUGGAUGCUGCUGAUCACCACCCUCCUUAUCGCCUACCCCUGGUCACGCAUGCGUCUCCGCAACGUUGAGGCUGAAGUUCUCUCCUCCCACUGCGUAAAGCUUAACUUUGACUACCGUGAAGUGUACUUCGGCCAGGCCAUCCGCCUCACCGAUGCUCCCCUCAAGGAAACCCAUGCCUUCGGCGUCAUUCCCCAUCCUCUCGCCAUCACCGCCGCCGAGACUGAUGAGAAGAGCCCCAUCACCGGCGAACCCGUCCAGCGCCUCUCCCACUGCGGCGACAAGGGCUUCUCCGUUAUCGUUUCCCACGCCGGAGACUGGACCCGCAAGAUCAUCGACAAGCCGCCCAAGCAGAUUUACACCCGCGGCACUCCCCAGUUCGGUGUCAUGCGCUGCGCCGGCCUCUUCUCCCCCGUCAUCGUCAUCGGUACCGGCUCCGGCAUUGCCCCCUGCCUCUCCCUCUUCACUCAACACCCUGAUCAUGCCGUCCGCAUCAUCUGGUCCACCCCUAACCCGCUGCAGACCUAUGGUCGCGCUUUGCUGGAUCUCGUCUACAAGACGGACCCGGCUGCUAUCGUUAUCGACACCCGAAAGACGGGCCGUCCUGAUCUGGUCAAGAUUGCCUACCGCGUCUGGGAGCAGAGCAGGAAUGGAGUGUUUCCGGAUGAGGUCAAGCCGCAGGCUAGGAGGCCCUGCGAGGCGGCAGUGAUUAUUUCUAACCAGAAAGUUACCGAGAAGGUGGUUUAUGGACUGGAGAGCAGAGGGAUGCCUACUUAUGGUGCUUUGUUCGAUUCUUAA